AUGAAUGGAACCAUGGAAUCUCUCCGAGAGGGCAGACAAAAGGAGCGGCAACAAACGAAACUCGACAGCAGUGUGAGAAGAAGCUGUGAGGAGGGAAUAAUAGAAAAAAUAGUGGUCCAGAAUGUGACGGGCGAAGGUUCAGCACUGCGGCAAUGGCGUAAACGAAAUAUUGAUAGUCCACAUCAUCGGGCCGUCGCGUCAAUGAACGCAAUCCUAAUGCAACUGACAGUGGCUGUGCAAUUCACGCCGCGUCGGUGCCGGCCAAUGGCAAACAUCAACAAUCUUUCAUCCAACAGCCAUCACGUUGCCCGUCUCCCGUCCUCGACUCAUGAUCGACGCCUCCAAUUCACGAUACUCUUUUUGGCAUUGUUUUCAUGGCACAUUUUGAGCGGCAAGAGCCUGGCCAUUCGUGCGGGCUGGGACGAAGGAUGGUGGGAAGAGACACGAAGAUUGGCGGCCGUGUCAGAUAGCGACGGAGAAUACAUUGGAAGGCUCAAGUAUUAUGACGCGUCGCGUAAUCGUCGUGUGAACGGGCGCAUAGUGCUAAGUAACCCGUCGGUUGCUGUGCAAUUCACCAGGCGCGCCGUCCCUUCAACGAUCCUCAUGCCGUUCAUUUCCCUUCCUCGAAUCCCGUCUACUUUUCUGAUUCGUGAUAUUCUUCUCGACCUUGUCAUCGUGGCCUACCUUGAACAGCAAGAGCACGGCUACUCUCGGACGGAUUCAGUUGGAGGGGACACGGCCAGAGCUGAAGGCGGGCGGUUAUGUCAGAUAGCGACGGAGAAUCGUGCUCUUCCUCGAUGCCCUACGAUUGGAAGGCUCAAGGAUGUAGACAAGUCCGAGCAGCAAUUCAGCUCGCAAUCCAUGUCGCCACGCCGCGUUUAUGCUCAUCGACCUCAUUCCGCUGAAAAGCACCCUGCUUGUACGGAUAAAGAAAACAAAAGGAGGAAUACUUACUCUAAUGUGUUGCUAGCUAGUUCUGGCAAAGGGCUUUCGAAAGUCCCGGAGGCCCUAGAAGGAUUUCAUUUAGUGAUCAGUGAAUUACCAUCGUCCGCAUCGAGCGCUGAGCACUCCGGUUUCAUCGUGAUGGAUAACGAGGAUUGGGUAUCCUGGUCGCGUUAUCAUGGCCACGCGCCUUUUCAAGAAUGUGCAAAUAUACACUGCAUUGCCAUCAGCUAUGUGCAUUUCUCCUGUCAUUUCGGCAAGCGCAAAAUGAAGAUAGGCGCAAUCCAAGAGGCCGCAAGCUGGUGUCGUGUCUUGAAUGCUACGUCCAAGGCAACGCUGCAGCUGAAGACAACUCAACGGGAAGGUAUCAAGAAAACGAAACAUGACACACCUAAGCGCCCAAGGCUGUCAUCCUGAAGAUAACCUUCCGAUAGCGUAUCCUUCACGUCUGAUUGGGAUGCCGAAGUGCCAUCCUGUGAUGAACUUGUAACUAGAAGAUAAACGAGCGACGAGAGAAUGUAAGCUCACGGUGCUCAGUUGACUGGCAUGACAGGUAAGUAGAAACGAAGCUCAUGGUAAGAGAAAG